CCAAAUCUGGAACACGCGUUCUGUUCCCCCUUAUCUCAUCUAAGUCUUCCCUUAUCUCAUUUGAGGCUUCCCCAGAUCCAUCGAUCUCUCUCGAUCCCACUGGUUUCAAGCGACUGAAAAGGAAAUGGCUACUAAAGGCAAUGUAAGUAUCAAGAUUGAGGAUGAUGAUGAUGUUGAAGUGGGAGGUGUAGCUGAUUCCCUGUGGUCGAAGAAAAAUGAAGCUUUUUUUUAUUGACAUUAUGGAGGAGGAGGUGAAAACAAUGGGUAGUCGAGAUACUGGGACUUUUCAGAUAAAAAGUUGGGCUAGGAUGAGGAAGAGUCUUUCUACUAAAGCUAAAUAUGAAUACUCUGAACUUCAAAUAAAAAACAAGUUCAACCAACUAUGCACUAUGCACACCAAAUUUAAGAGCCUUUGUGACCAAAGUGGCGUUGGGUGGUGUGCGGAAAAAGGUACUGUUACUGCUGAUGAUACCCUCUGGGAGAAGCUCUAUAAGAUAACAUGGUCUUUGAAGAAGGCCAAUCAUCAGAGUCUGUCAACAAUAUAUGCAAGUCUGCCGGCCAUGUACAUGACUGUGAAAGCUCAGACACAAUCUCUCUCAAGUUGGGCCAAAUGGAGUCUAGCGAUGAUAGUGACAAGGAAUUGGAGUCUGAUUCAGAUGACGAAACAAUAAUCACAUUGGUUACCCUAGCACUACAUGAACAUCAUCAGAAAUACUAUAAUCGUAUUCCAUGUUGAACCUCUAUAUUAAGAGGACACGAAUAUGUAUUAGAGGUUUUGAAUGGUCAUGAUGCAAGGUGUGAAGAAGGUUUUCGAAUGGAAACACAUGUUUUUAUUGCAUUUUGUGAGGCGCUUAAAGUACACACUGGGUUAAAGCAUUCAAGGUACUUAACAGUUCAAGAGCAAGUAUGUAUAUUUUUGCUCGUAGUUGGACACAACAGUAGAAAUCGCAUAAUCCAAGAGCGAUUCCAGCAUUCCGGGGAAACCAUCUCUAAGUAUUUUAAACGAGUAUUAAAGGCUAUGUGUAAGCUUGGGAAGCUCAUUAUUCAACCCCCCCCCCCCCCCCCCCCCCGUCCCUCCAGAGAUUAUGCACAAUCCAAAGUACUGGCCAUUCUUUAAGGAUUGUAUUGGUGCUAUAGAUGGUACACAUAUCGAUGCAAAGGUUCCUGCUCGUGAGCAAAUUCCAUACCGUGGGAGGCACAAGACCACGUCACAAAAUGUAAUGGCUGCAUGUUCAUUUGAUAUGAGAUUUACUUACAUCUUGUCGGGUUGGGAGGGAACGGCAAAUGACUCACGAGUGCUUUUUGAGUGUGUGAAUAAUCCAGCAAUGGAAUUUCCUAUGGCACCUCUAGGUAAGUACUAUGUGGUUGAUUCGGGAUAUCAAAAUAUGCCUGGGUUUCUAACGCCAUACAAGGGUGAGCGGUACCACUUGUCCUUGUUCCGUGGACGUGGACGUAGACGAUUACCUACGAAAGAAGAAGAAUGGUUCAAUUAUCGUCACUCGUCCCUUCGCAACGUGAUAGAGCGCUGCUUUGGCGCAUUGAAGGCACGAUUUCCUAUCUUGAAACAAAUGCCUAAAGGCUUUAGUGUGCGGACCCAAAAAUAUUUGCCAACCGCUUGUUGCACAGUCCACAACUUUAUAAGGAUGCAUGACAAAAAUGAUGCAGUGUUCAAAUUCUAUAGCAAGGAAGAUUUGAUUGUUGAAAGUGAGCAAGGCCGUAGGAGCUCUUCUCAACAGAUCAAUGUCACCCCCGCUCAAUUGCGAGAAAUGGCUAGAGUUCGCAAUACUAUUGCCCGCCAAAUCUUUAAUAGCCAAAGGCUUUGAUGCAUUGGUAGUGAAGCAUCCAUUGCAGCAGUGGUAAGAGACUCCAAAGGCAGAAUUGUCCAUUGGCAGAAUUGAUAGCAUUUUACAAGGAUGUUUUGACAGCUCUUGUUUCUUUGUCAGAAUUCAUGUUUUUGUACUUUCCUUACUUGCUUUUAUGAGACUAUGAGAGUGAUUGGAGUGGUUUGAUUUUCUGUUUGACAAUAGAUUGGUUUGAUUCAAUCUGACGGUUAGAUUGGUUUGAUUC